AUGAAGCUUCUUCCGGCCGCCCUCGGCCUCGUCCUCCUCCUGCUCGUUCUGAAUCCCAAUGGCGUGGAGGCCCGGCCAGCCCCGGCUGGUGGCCAUCAGAAGAAGGCGUCGAGCGCUACCUUCUUCGUCUUCGGGGAUGACUUCGCCGACAACGGGAACCUUCCUCUGACCGACCCAGUCACCAGGAUGUCGAGGCAAUGGGCCUACCCCUACGGCUCCAACUACAUCGAUGCCGAUGGGUUUCCGCGGCCGAAUACUCCGUCCGGCCGCUUCUCAAACUAUAAAAUCCAGUCGGAUUUCAUCGCAACAAUGCUGGGAUUGGAGGAAGCCCCUCCGGCGCAUGCCCGCACGGCAGAGAAAACCUGCGACCCAUCCGGCAUGACCUUUGCUACCGGUGGUGCAGGCGUGUUGGACAGUACAUCACACGAGGUCCCCGCCCUCGCCAAGCAGAUUAAUGCUUAUAUUGGAAAGGUGACAAAAGAGAUUGCAGCUAAUGUGGAUCAAUUGUUGAAGCUUGGGGUGACAAAGGUUCUUGUCAAUAACUUGCACCCUAUCGGUUGCACGCCAUCACACACCCGAACCAACAACUACACCACGUGUGAUAUUCUUGAAAACUUGGGUGCAUCAAUCCACAACGAUAAUCUGAAACAAGUUAUGGCAUCAAAGAAGAAUGUCUACAUCAUCGACGUGUACACGGCCUUUGCCAAUAUUGUGGAUCAUGCAGCAGGCAAAGGCUCAGAGAUGUCCAAACAAUUCAAGCGCAAACAAUCGCCGUGCUGCGAGACUUUGAAUUCGAAUGGUUACUGCGGACAGCAGGGCGAGUCAUCCGCGGAGCUUCUGUACACAGUGUGUGACAAGUCGAGCAAAUUCUUCUAUUGGGACGACAUGCACCCAACACAUGCAGGAUGGGAAGCUGUCAUGAAACAGUUGGAAAAACCCUUGAGGGAGUUUGUAAACCGAGCGUAG